UGAGACUAAAAAGGCGUAAGCAUUAUUUCAGACAACGCAUACAUUUGUUACAGUUCAAUAAAUUUUUAAUUUUUUUUCUUCUUCUUUCGACAAAAAUGUGCCAUUGAAAAAGUUGUGUGUGUGCGUGCGUGUUUUCUGCUUAUCUUCAUGUUGUUUAUAAACCGCAAUGAUAACAAUUGCAUAAAUACGAAACGAUAUUGUUGAAGCGCGAAUCCUGUUUAAUGUGAUUAUCGUGUGUGUAUGCGUGAAUGACGCCCUGGAUAUUGACAGACAAACAAAACAUAGAGAAACUGGAGCCGAUUUGAUUUUGAAAAUAGUUUUUUUUUUAUUUUCGAUUGUUUUACUUCAAUCGACAACCAUGAGUGUAACGUUAAAACGGCGAUUUAUCAAAAGUCCAUUUAGACAACGUCAACAAAAAGAAUGAGAGCUUAUGCAAGUGCCAUAAAAAAGACGUAAAUAACAUAACGAUACAAAUUUUAAACCAAUUAACCAAGCAAAUCGUGAAUUAGAGAGAGGAACAAAGUAAAACAUACAGACAAAAUGUGGAACGCAGAUCGCGUAUUAAAAGACGUUUUUUAUACAACAGUCAUUCCUGGAAUUUUCAUUCUAUUGUGGUUAUUUGGGUUAAAACAAUAACUCCCCGUGUAAACAAAAGGCGAUCGAAAAAAAAUAUAUAUGAAAACAGUUGGCACGUCCUCUGAAUUUUUUCAAAGAAUAUCGAUUGCAACAUUGAAGCUAUGCAUAAUUGGAAGCGUUAUCAUUUUUCUUGUGUUACCGUUUAUUUAUAAGUAUUCACCAGUUUUGCAGCGUGGCGUUCUAUUUUUAACAUUCAUUGCACAUCCAUCCAGCACAGUAUUAAAAUCACCCGCAGAUCUCGGCCUUUAUGCAACACGUAAUUUUUAUGUUAAGUAUCGCGAUAAUAAUGAAGAAAAAAAUGUAACACUCGGCGUUUGGCAUAUCCUACCAAACUAUAUUGCGAAAAAAUUCUCCAAAGAACUCGGCCUCAAAGCGACUGAAAUAAUAGCAUCGAAUACAUCACUACACCGUCACGUAAAAUAUGAGCAAUCAAUCGAAGCAAUUGAAAAUGAGAUCCGUAACGAAUUUCCAGCAAUAACUAAUGAAAAUGAUGUUGAAUUUUACGAACGAUGUUUGCACAUUACCGGUGCGAAAAUUGUAUUUUAUAUGCAUGGCAAUUCUGGUUCACGUGCCGCAUCCCAUCGCAUUGAAUUGUACAAGGUGCUAAGAGAACAGGGUUACCAUGUGAUUGCAUUUGAUUAUCGUGGCUAUGGCGAUUCGUUGCCACCAUCACCAAACGAAGAUGGUCUCGUACAAGAUGCCAUCGCUGUGUACAAAUAUAUAACAAGUGUUACAAAAAAUCCAAUAUUUGCAUGGGGCCAUUCGCUGGGUACCGGAGUGGGUUGUCAUACUAUGGCCAAAUUGAAGAAACUCAACAUUUUCGGGCCACGUGUUCUAGUGCUUGAAAGUCCAUUCAAUAAUAUAAAAGAUGAAGUGCGUGAACAUCCAUUUUCACGUUUUUUCCGAAAUUUACCGUGGUUUGAUUACACCAUAACUGAGCCGAUGUUUGACAAUAAUUUACGAUUCGAGUCAGAUAAACAUAUUGCCACAUUCCCACAACCGAUUAUGAUUCUUCAUGCCGAAGACGAUAUCGUUGUGCCAUAUAAAUUAGGCCAUAAGUUGUACCAAUCAGCAUUGGAAAAGCGACAAAAAUCAUGGGGCCCCGUCGAAUUUCAUCGGUUUGAUGCUGAAAGUGGUUAUGGACAUAAAUUCAUAUGCCGAGCACCUGAAUUGCCUGAUAUUUUCAAUAAGUUCUUUGAAACAUACGGAAAUGAAGCCUACUAAAAGAAAACCAUGUUUUAAUUUUUUUACAUAGCGAACCAAUUUAUCUGAAAUUUAUUUAUUUGUACAACUAUUAAUAAAAAAAAAUCAAACAAAAAUGGCCUUGAUCUAAUUCAUGUAAAACUACCACAAAAAAAAGAGAAACAAAUAAACAAACAAAAAGAACGCAAA